AUGUCUGGAAUUAAUUCAGAAUUGAAUAAUAAAAAUGAAUUGAACUUAUCUCGUCCUCUUUUAAUUCAAUCAUUUAAUCAAACAAAUCAACUUCUUCAUAUUGAAUUUGAAACAAAUCCAUUAAAUACUAAAUCUGAUUAUCGUAUCCAAGCUAAAUCUCAACUAUUACAAAUUAAUUAUCAUGCAAUGACGAUUAAUAAAUUAAUUGAAUGUUUUUUACCGGAUAGACAUCAUGAUUUAGAAGGAAUAAAAGAAGCAGCUUAUUCAAUUUAUAUAGAUAUAAAACAUCGUACACAAUUUUUAGUUAGUGAAAAUCUUAAAAAAAUAAAAGAUUUAGAUAUUGAUAUUGAUUUACAAUCGAUUUAUUUCAUUGUACCAGAACAUGGAUUUUAUCAAUCUUCUUCAUCAAUUAUUUGUUUGGAUUUAGGUCGUUUUAUGUUUAAAGGUGGUAAAAAAAAUGUUCAAAAUCUUGAAAAAAAUGUUUUUUAUGAUGCUAAAAGUGAUCAAGAUGAUUUAAUUUAUGUUCCUUUAAAAAUUCAAUUAGAAAAUGUUCAAUUACUUUAUCUUACACAAAAUGAAAAUUGGAUUGAUUUACGUUUACAAGAAGAUUCACCAUCACAUUUAAUUAAACCAAUUAUAUUAACAUUAGAUCUGGGAAAACUAAUUCACAUCGAAAACAAUAAAUUACCUAUUUGGAAAGCAAAUGGAGAAAUUCAUUCAAUUGAAUCGAAUAUAUCUGAUACACGUUUAAUUGGAUGUUUUA